UCAGGGCACCUGAAGGAGACUUGGUCGCACCUGGGCCGCACUCCUCGGCUCAUUGAAGGUUCGCAGCUGCAGCCACUGCCUGCGCUCCAUGAGGAAGAUGCUCGCCGCCGUCUCUCGCGUGUUGUCGGGCGUCGCCCAGAAGCCGGCAAGCAGAGUGCUGGUGGCAUCCCGUCAUUUUGCAAAUGAUGCUACUUUUGAAAUUAAGAAAUGUGAUCUUCACCGGCUGGAAGAGGGCCCUCCUGUCACUACAGUGCUUACCAGGGAGGAUGGGCUCAAAUACUACAGGAUGAUGCAGACCGUUCGCCGAAUGGAGUUAAAAGCAGAUCAGCUGUAUAAACAGAAAAUUAUUCGUGGUUUCUGUCACUUGUGUGAUGGUCAGGAGGCUUGUUGUGUAGGCCUGGAGGCUGGCAUCAACCCCACAGACCAUCUGAUCACAGCGUACCGGGCGCAUGGCUUUACCUUUACUCGUGGACUCUCUGUCCGGGAGAUUCUCGCAGAGCUUACAGGACGAAGAGGUGGUUGUGCUAAAGGAAAAGGAGGAUCGAUGCAUAUGUAUGCCAAGAAUUUCUACGGAGGCAAUGGCAUCGUGGGAGCUCAGGUGCCCCUGGGAGCUGGGAUUGCUCUGGCCUGUAAGUAUAAUGGAAAAGACGAGGUCUGUUUGACUUUGUAUGGCGACGGCGCUGCUAAUCAGGGUCAGAUAUUCGAAGCUUACAAUAUGGCAGCUUUGUGGAAAUUGCCUUGCAUUUUCAUCUGUGAGAAUAACCGCUAUGGGAUGGGAACAUCUGUGGAAAGAGCAGCAGCCAGCACUGAUUACUACAAGAGAGGCGACUUUAUUCCUGGGCUGAGGGUAGAUGGAAUGGAUAUCCUGUGUGUCCGGGAGGCCACAAAAUUUGCAGCUGCCUAUUGUAGAUCUGGAAAGGGGCCUAUACUGAUGGAGCUGCAGACUUACCGUUACCAUGGACACAGCAUGAGUGAUCCUGGAGUGAGUUACCGUACCCGAGAAGAGAUUCAGGAAGUUAGAAGUAAGAGUGACCCUAUCAUGCUCCUCAAGGACAGGAUGGUAAACAGCAAUCUCGCCAGUGUUGAAGAAUUAAAGGAAAUUGAUGUGGAAGUGAGAAAAGAAAUUGAGGAUGCUGCUCAGUUUGCUACUGCUGAUCCUGAACCACCUUUGGAAGAACUCGGCUAUCACAUUUACUGCAACGAUCCACCUUUUGAAGUCCGGGGUGCAAACCAGUGGAUCAAGUUUAAGUCCAUCAGUUAAGGCGAGAUACACACCUUCAGUGGGUUAUUUGGCAGUAACUGUAAGGAAUGCUUUGUGUUCUCAACUUUGUCAAGGAGGAAAGCCCAUAGAGAGAGAGAAAGCGUGUAGAUUGAGAGAGUGUUUGCAUGUGGUUUGUACAGUGUUGCAUUAAAAGAGGUGAUUGCACACAUAAGGUUAUUUUAGUUAUAUAGGUCUAAAAUAGGUAAUAGUUUGCUUAACCCUCCAAAUUAUUUCUUUAAAAUAGUUCUAUUUGAUUUAGUUGUAUACUAGUUUUAACACAUACUUUAGUUACUAAGGGCUUCCCUUACGGCUCAGCUGGUAAAGAAUCUGCCUGCAAUGCAGGAGACCUGGGUUCAAUCCCUGGGUUGGGAAGAUCUCCUGGAGAAUUCCAUGGACUGUAUAGUCCAUGGGGUCGCAAAGAGUUGGACAUGAGUGAGCAACUUUCAUUUUAAAAGGAAAAACAAUUCCUUGUAUGCCUGUCCAACUCUGCUGCCACCUUGUGGGGGGAUCAGUGUCCUGUCCCUCGCAGUGCCCAACACCUUACCUCAGUUCAGUUGCUCAGUCGUGUCUGGCUCUUUGCAACCCCAUGAAUUGCAGCACGCCAGGCCUCCCUGUCCAUCACCAACUCCUGGAGUUCACCCAAACCCACGUCCAUCGAGUCGGUGAUGCCAUCUCAUCCUCUGUUGUCCCCUUCUCCUCCUGCCCUCAAUCCCUCCCAGCAUCAGAGUCCUUUCCAAUGAGUCAACUCUUCGCAUGAGGUGGCCGAAGUACUGGAAUUUCAGCUUUAGCAUCAUUCCUUCCAAAGAACAUCCAGGACUGAUCUCCUUUAGAAUGGACUGGUUGGAUCUCCUUGCAGUCCAAGGGACUCUCAAGAGUCUUCUCCAACACCACAGUUCAAAAGCAUCAAUUCUUCGGCGCUCAGCUUUCUUCACAGUCCAACUCUCACAUCCAUACAUGACUACUGGAAAAACCACAGCCUUGACUAGACGGACCUUUGUUGGCAAAGUAAUGUCUCUGCUUUUUAAUAUGCUGUCUAGGUUGUCAUAACUUUCCUUCCAAGGACUAAGCGUCUUUUAAUUAACAGCUUACCUAGUGUACCCUAAUGUGCACACACCCCUGUUAGUGUGCACAUCGGUGCUGAAGCCUGUUCACACUGAACCAUCAUGUCUCAUUAAUAAAACACAUUUAUUAUAACUUGGCAGGGGUGGAAGGACAAUUCCAUGUUUAAAUAUAACUACUUCGUUUCAAAGGCCAAAUAAGUUAGUUUUCUCCAUUUAUACAUUCAAUAUAAAUAUGAAGCUAUUUUCUUAAGUUUUCUAUUUACAUUCAUAUCAAACAUUAUUAACUACAAGGCAUAGUCUUAUUGAUUUUUUCUUUUUCUAAUUUUAAGUGCAAUUCCCAUUCAUGUAUGGAAUGUAUAACUGAAACAGUGAUUCCCAGCCUUUUUGUUAAACACCUGUUGUUCCACCUUUCCAGCAAAUGUUUGAAGGUAAAGAAUCCCAUAAUACUUUGGGAUGUCAAGACAAGUUUUACAAUCACAGUUCUCAAAAUACAGUUCCACUCACCUUUAAAACAUGUUGAGAAAUAUUAACAUUUUUUCCAUAAUUCUUUAGAACUUCAAGUUCUUAAAUUUGUUCAGUGAACAGUGGUGUUUUCCUUGAACUGCAGCAGGAUUGGUGUGUAUGUAACAGAAGCUUUAACAAAGAUGUCAGCUCUGGGCUCCCACUAUCCCCCGCGUGGCUGAUUAUAUUAAGCCUCAUCUUGGGUUGCUGGGGCCCCCUGAGCCCGUCUUCUGUACUGGGAGACUGCAGUCCAGAGCCUGCAGAGAAGACCACCGCUACGAAACAAACAGAAGUCUUCUUUAGAGUGAGUCGUAAGGAAAGAUGACUUCAAAGCAGUACCACUCAAUACUUCUUUAGGAGCCCUUAUGGCAAAAGCUAUAGUAUGUACUUCUAGACUUGUUUUGCUGGCUAGUCUUAAAAAUGCAGUCCCUAACUUAAAAACUAAAAUAGGAAUGUGUUCCCUUCACAUAUGGAGGUGAAAUUUCUACCCCAGCACAAGUGGGAUGUGGCCUUAGCGGUAUGUACAGGAGUGCCAGGGCAUCUGCGCAAAGUAGGCUGUUAAAGAUGACCAGUGGAGGAGAGCGAAAGGGUUUGAGUGUGGCCUGCUGUCAACUCCUGUCUUUGCUCAUUCCACUCCCAGCCUGGCAGUCUGCUGACUAUGCCUACUGGGCCUUUAGCUUCUGCUCCCUCUCAGCUUUUCCCCAGCUUCACCCUUGGAAACUCCAGAGUUUGGAGUGCGGUUGGGUAGUUUUUGUUUCCUGACUAAAGGAAAGGGGGAAAGCUACCAGCACUUUCUUUUCUACUGCUUUUAUGUAAAAAGCCUAACCACACCAAAAAAGCCAUUUUCUGUUACACAAAAUGUUUUGAGGCUAUUCUUACCGUAGUCUAAGGUACCUUAGGUCUUCCUUAGUGAUGUCAUUAAGAAUAUCAGACAGUGUGUAACCCUCUUCAAGAAUCUGAAACAAAGAUCACAUACAUGAAGAGCUAAGCAGCUUUGUAAUAACAGCCUAGGAAUGGUUUGGUUCUCAGCUUACCUUUUCAAUUGUUCUCGUAUCUGCUCCUUGCAGUUGCAACCACUCGACAAGCUCUUUAUCUGUUCGCUGCUCAUGAGACCCAGGAGGGGACACUGAGUUCUCUGUAAUGAUUAGAAAUGUGUUAUGUUGUAUACUGAUGUGUAACAGUAAAAGUCUUUGAGUAGAAAGUCGGAUGAAAUAAACUAUUCCAGAAUGUAAUUGUGCUGUGAAAAGGAAAUGGUUUAAGCUUGG